GGCCACUCCUCUUUCCAGGGUGAUUGCUGCGCUUCACGUGCGAUGGCGUGCAUGGGGGGCACGCCUGACUCGCUCGGAGAGCGCAUGGAGAACGAGCCACGAGCCGACAAGAAGGAGAUCCUACCCUUCUCAGCAAGGGACCUGCUGGAAGGGCAUUCCUCAGCGUGGCAGGUCUUCUUGGCCUAUGCGGCGAGCUGCUUCCCCAACGUGGGCCCUCGUGCGCGGGAGGACUUUGGAUUGGCGCUGGCGGAGGGUGCAGAUGCAGAGGCGGGUGAGAAGGCAAGACUCAGUUUGGCCGGGGGUGAACUGCAAGCAGUGAGGAAGCAGGGGGGAGAGCAUGGAGAAAAAAACAGAGAUUCGUGCAAUUUUUGUGGCAUUUCCGAUGAACAUGAUUGGGGCGUUUGUUUUGGAUGCUCCUGGUGCAUUCAAGACGUAUUAGGUCAAUGCACUGGGUCCAAUGUAGUACAAUCUUCAAAAUGCAAGGCUCGCCGGUCCAACAGCCGAUGGGUGUGGGGAUCUUGGCACUGUCAUCCCCCAAGUCCACUGCAGAUUGCGGCUGCCACCACUGCGGCCCUCCAGAAACUUCAAACGCAGGAGCUCUUCACGGCCUUGGGCGCAUCCAGCCUGCUUUUGGAGAGCUCUGAAGCUGAGGCCACCGUGACCUUACGAGCCCUGCAACUGCAACUGCUGAGGAAGUCGAGUGAUUCCAUGUUGCAGGCUUUGCAAGAGGCUGCCUCAUCAGCUGACCAGGCGAGCACGAUGCUCUUCGAGAUCAGUGAGUUGAAGAAGGCGUUGCAGAAGCGGAGGGCGGAGGGCCAGGGCCGCAAGGCUCAGAAGCUGUUGGAAGAGACUGAAGCGGCGGUGGCCAGGCUGAAAGAGUGUCAUCGUCAAAAGACCUGCCUCUUGCGAGCCCGGAAAGCUCGACUCUGCCGUGCGGAAGAUGUGACCAGCCUCUCGGCCGGGGUGCUGGUCUUCCGCGGGAGGCAUCGCCUGGGGAUUCAGCGGUGUCAAGGGGGUCCGUUAACAGCUGCCAGCCCUUGUUGGCUGAAGUUCGAGGCGGCCACGCCAGGCGCGCUACCCGGUGUGAGCGAUGACUAUGAGGAGCAUGGGCAAGCUUGGCGAAGGCGCUUUGAGGAGGCUCUUUGCCACUUGUGGAUCCGGAAGGUGGACCAACAGUUGGCUGAAUCACGCUCAGCUUUGUUGCCCUUCAGCGAGGUGCCGUCCCUCCUUCAUCGCCUCCAAGUGGGAUUGCUGCAAGCUGGAGAUUUCUUACAGGCCGUGGCCGCCCAGAGGCCUCGAAUUCUGGAGCUUCCCGCGCCGGAGGACGUCACAAGCUGAAGCUGCUGGCAACUGUGAUGCAUGGACAUUGGAUGCCCUUCCAGCUAUGUCGGAACC